GGCAUCCAUCUCCGCCAUCUAGUAGCUACCUCGCAACGCGAACUUGCCUCCAUCGAUGCUCGUCCUGCUUCAAACUUGCUAUAUUUUUGUUGGUGUCGUAGGGAAAUAGACUUCUCCUACCACUCUGUUGGUUGCUGGGAACAAACAAAUAUGCCCCCAGUUUUCCUCGAAAUUCAAACAAUCCCCCCACGAUUCCCCCAAGAUGGACCCCAUCCUCACCCCAGCCUCCUGGAAAUACAAACACGAAGGCAAUGCAAACGUUGUCUUCACCUACACCGGCUCACAACCACCCCUAGAAGGCCAUGUCCUCCGCGUCCGCAAAAGCGAUGACACAUCGGAGACACCCAUGAGUCUUGGGGAUGAGCAGGGGUUCCAGGAGCGGGUGAUUGGGCCGCUUGUUGGGGGGGAUUAUGUCGCUAAGACUAGACUCGUGAAGGUCACCCCAGACUUCUUGCAAGCCCUAUCAACAGCCUUCGCGGCGUUACGACCGGAAGCGAGGCGGAACAGGGAUCUGGACCUCCGACAGGAGUUUGUGGCGUUGAUUCCGGAUCUGACUGUUGCGGGCACUGAUGGUCGUGAUGGUGGGGAGGCCAUCACUGUUGAGAUCAAGCCCAAAUGGGGCUUCCUCCCAACCUCCCCGAACAUCAACCCCGUCAAACUGCACACAUGCCGCUACUGCAUGCACCAGCACUACAAACAGCACAUACCGCCGAGCGAGUUCUGCCCUCUGGACCUGUACUCGGGCGAUCAACGGCGGGUUGCGAAGGCUGUGGAUGCGUUGGUUAGGUGUCCGCAGAAUAAUCUAAGGGUUUUUGUUGGGGGGGAAUGUGUUGGGGUCGACAGUGCGACUGCUAAAGCCGCGGUGGAAGCAUUAAUGCGUGCAUCCCAUUCGACCGACAUGACCCCAGCCGCUUUCCUCACAACCCUCCUAACCCCCAUAAUCACCUCCCAACCCCUCUUCCCGCGUCUCGCAACCCACCAAGCAGGUCUCGACUCCCUUGACAUUGAAGGGAUCAUCACGGUCUACAAUGCGCUACCAACAGAGUUGAAGGAGAUGAACCCGACGCUGGGGGAGUGGGAGGGGGUUGUGGCGGGGUAUUUGGGACAUGAUGUGGGAGCGGUGGAGGGGGUGGAGGAAAGUAGACAGCGGGUGUAUGAGUAUCUACUGUCUGCAACGUUAAAGGAUUGUUCGGUUAUGAUUACCGUUUGGGUUGAGGAGAACACUGAGGAUGAUGGUCACACAGCCCCAUCAAAAGAAAACGAAGGCACCAUAUCUGUCCCCACCUCCUCCUCGCAACCAAGAACCAUCCGCUACACCUUAGGUCUAGUCGACAUCGACCCAAAGAACAUCACAAAGGUGCCGGAGCAUUAUGCGAAGGAUCAGGAGAUUGUGAAGUGUUACGCGAGCGUAGGGGUUGAGAGGCGGUGUGGGUGACGGACGGUAAACGAUUGUGUGGGAGGGGUUUAGGCUGAGGUUGAGGGUGCCG